GCGCGAUGACAUUCGGUUGAGGAAGGUAGUUCGUUCGUGCGGUUCGCGAUUCCUGGCGGAUUCUAGUGAGAUUAUAAUUAUUUCCGAUCACACCGGCGCAUUACCGCGGUUGAUUCACCAUGGCGGACGAGGAGAAUAAUUGUGAUGACGGUGAUUUAAAAGCGGGACAGGGUAUGCGGCUUCGUGGCCGUAAGGGAGCCCUGAAAAAGAAGAAUGUUUACUUGGUGAAAGAUCACAAAUUCAUGCCGAGGUUCUUCAAGCAGCCGACGUUCUGCUCGCACUGCAAGGACUUUAUAUGGGGCUUCGGUAAACAAGGAUUCCAGUGUCAAGUAUGCAGUUUCGUGGUCCACAAGAGAUGUCACGAAUAUGUCACCUUUACCUGCCCCGGCGCGGACAAGGGCGCAGAUUCCGACGACACCCGUACCAAACAUAACUUCCGCAUUUGCACAUACUCAUCACCGACGUUCUGCGAUCACUGCGGAUCUCUUCUCUACGGGCUAAUCCAUCAAGGCCUCAAGUGUCAAGCAUGCGACAUGAACGUGCACAAGCGAUGCGAGGAAUCCGUUCCGAAUCUCUGCGGUUGCGACCACACCGAGCGACGCGGCCGAAUUCAGCUCUCCGUAUCUUGCCACGGGAACAAGCUUACCGUUGAAGUUAAGCAAGGUCGAAACUUGAUUCCUAUGGAUCCGAACGGACUCUCUGAUCCCUACGUAAAGUUGAAGCUGAUCCCGGACUCAGACAACGUAAAGAAAAAAACCAAAACUAUCCGCAGCUGUCUUAAUCCUGAAUGGAAUGAGACGCUCACUUUUGAUCUCAAGCCUGAGGAUAAAGAUCGAAGGCUUCUUAUUGAGGUAUGGGAUUGGGAUCGUACUUCCCGAAAUGACUUCAUGGGAUCUCUAUCAUUCGGAAUCUCUGAAGUAAUGAAGGCUCCAGCUGAAGGUUGGUUCAAGCUCCUCACUCAAGAAGAAGGCGAUUAUUACAACGUGCCCGUACCAGAGGAGGGCGCGGAUCUGGCUCAGCUCAAGAACCAAAUGAAAACCACUAACUUGGGAGCUCGUAGACCUCCACCACCACCUGAUCGGGAGGUUCCACAUAAUAUGGCCGCCGCUGACGUCAUUCGAGCGACCGAUUUCAACUUUAUUAUGGUUCUCGGAAAAGGAUCUUUUGGAAAGGUAAUGCUAGCAGAACGUCGAGGAACAGACGAACUCUAUGCCAUCAAGAUCCUAAAGAAGGAUAUUAUCAUACAAGAUGACGACGUUGAGUGUACGAUGGUAGAGAAGCGAGUACUCGCUCUUAGCAGUAAACCACCCUUCCUCGUGCAAUUGCAUUCUUGUUUCCAAACUAUGGAUCGCCUCUACUUCGUGAUGGAAUACGUCAAUGGUGGUGAUCUGAUGUUCCAGAUUCAACAAUGUGGCAAGUUCAAAGAACCAGUCGCUGUUUUCUACGCCGCUGAAAUCGCAAUCGGCUUGUUCUUCCUUCACUCCCGUGGUAUCAUAUAUCGUGAUUUGAAACUUGACAACGUCCUCUUGGAUCAAGACGGCCAUAUUAAGAUCGCUGAUUUUGGCAUGUGCAAAGAGGGUAUUACUGGUGACAAAACUACCAAGACCUUCUGCGGAACACCUGACUAUAUAGCUCCGGAGAUCAUUUUAUACCAGCCAUAUGGAAAGUCUGUGGAUUGGUGGGCGUAUGGUGUGCUUUUAUAUGAAAUGCUGGUCGGUCAACCGCCAUUUGAUGGAGAAGAUGAGGAAGAACUCUUCGCUGCUAUAACGGAUAACAGCGUUUCUUACCCCAAAACGCUUAGCAAGGAAGCUAAAGACGCUUGCAAGUCUUUCCUCACAAAGAAUCCUCAGAAGCGUUUGGGUUGCGGAAUGCGAGGGGAGGAAGAUGUCCGCACUCACCCUUUCUUCCGUCGUAUCGACUGGGCGAGGGUCGAAGCUAGGGAUGUCCAACCGCCCUUCAAACCUAAGAUCAAACAUCGCAAGGACGUAUCCAAUUUCGAUAAGCAAUUCACUCAAGAGAAGACCGAACUGACACCAACAGACAAACUGUUUAUGAUGAAUCUCGACCAAACCGAGUUUAUGGGCUUCUCCUUCCUCAACCCGGAGUACGUCCAGCACGUGUGAACUUGCAGGAUUAUCAAUCUGCAUCAUUGAAGCUAACUGAAGCGCUGUCGUGACGGUGGCCUCUGAAACU